CACAAGGGGCCUCUCACUCCCCUCCAUCGCUCUAUGAUGGCAGGUUCUGCUUCCUCGUCCGGCCACGGAUCAAGACGAUGAGGUACAUCGCCGGUGAGUGCAAGCGGCCGAGGGGCAGUUGUCCAUUACCCGCUGCUGAUGGGUGACAACUCAGCCCCACACUGAAGCUCGGGCUGCAGCUGCCUCAUGGGGAGCAUCCCGCACUGCCUGGGCUGGGCUCGGUGCUCUGGGCUACCGGUGUUGAGUGGGCUUGAAGAAGUGCUUUCAGCAGGUCCGCAGCCUUGGCAGAUGGGCCCCAUGCCCAGGGUUUUUUUUUCUCUGCCUGAGGUAUUUCGGGUCCUGUGAGGUGUGGGACCCUGGACCUCAUCAGACAAGAGGAGUUGUGCUGGUUCAGGGGGGUGGGCAGCCUUUGCAGAGUUGGCGCGAUUUUUGUCCACAGAUAUUGUCAAUGCUGACAAGAUGUCAGGGAGGAGCAGGAAGUACAAGAUUAUCUUCAGCCCCCAAAAGAAAUGUUUAAUUAAAACCAAAUGUUGCGAUGCCUGGGAAUGACCUGGUGCCGUCCGUCGCCAGAUCUUUUCUGCUCGCUUGGAGCCUGACUGGGCCCUGAGGGUCCCUCCUUCUCUUCCAGUUUUAUGCUUGUGAGAUGGUGCUGGAGGAAGAAGGAGUCUUUGGUGACGUCACCUGCGAUGAAUGGUCCUUCUACCUGCUUCCCCUGGACGAAGACAUCAUCAGCAUGGAGCUGCCCGAGUUCUUUCGCGACUACUUCUUGGAAGGAGAUCACCGGUGGAUCAACUCCGUCGCUCGAGCCUUGCAGUUACUGAACUCCCUGUACGGGCCUUUCGGCAAGGCCUACGGGAUUGGCAGGUGUGCCAAGAUGAGCUACGAGCUGUGGCGGGACCUGGAGGAGGAGAGCGAGGCUGAUGGCCAGGGCAGGAAGCCCGAGAUUGGCAACGUCUUCCUCAUGGACAGAGUGGCUCUCGUUGCAGACACGGACUACGUGACAGCGCUGUGCUCCCAGGUGGUGUACGAGGGGCUGGUGGAUGACACCUUCCGCAUCAAGUGUGGGAGUGUGGAUUUUGGGCCAGACGUCACCUCUUCUGACAAGAGUAUUAAGGUGCUGCUUAAUGCCCAGGACAAAGUCUUCAGCCAGAUUCGGAAUGAGCACUUCUCUAGCGUGUUUGGCUUCCUGAGCCAGAAGUCGCGUAACCUGCAGGCACAGUAUGACCGGCGCCGUGGCAUGGACAUCAAGCAGAUGAAGAACUUUGUCUCUCAGGAACUGAAGGGACUAAAGCAAGAGCAUCGCCUGCUGAGCCUGCAUAUUGGUGCCUGCGAGUCCAUCAUGAAAAAGAAGACCAAGCAGGACUUCCAGGAGAUGAUCAAGGCUGAACAUUCUCUGCUGGAGGGCUUCGACAUCCGUGAGAGCACCAGCUUCAUAGAGGAGCACAUUGACCGGCAGGUGUCCCCCAUCGAGAGCCUGCGCCUGAUGUGCCUCCUGUCCAUCACAGAGAACGGUCUCAUCCCCAAAGACUACCGCUCCCUGAAAACCCAGUACCUGCAGAGCUAUGGGCCUGAGCACUUGCUGACCUUCCACAACCUCAAGCGCAUCGGGCUGCUGACCGAGCAGUCGGCUGGAGAGACUCUGACUGCUGUGGAGAGCAAAGUCAGCAAGCUGGUGACGGACCGCGCUGCAGGAAAGAUCACUGAUGCGUUUAAUUCUUUGGCCAGGAAGAGCAAUUUUCGAGCCAUAAGCAAGAAGCUGGGGUUGAUCCCCCGGGUGGAUGGAGAGUACGACCUGAAGAUGCCUCGGGACAUGGCUUACGUUUUCAGUGGGGCCUACGUCCCCCUGAGCUGCAAGAUCAUUGAGCAGGUGCUGGAGCGCCGGGGCUGGCUGGGCCUGGAGGAGGUUGUGCGGCUGCUCAACGGCAAUGAGUUUUCAGUCUCAGGUAGCACCAGCACCGGGCUGAGGGUGGGUGGGCCUGGGGCUGGUGGGGCCGACAGUGUUCUGCCCCAUCCAGACAGCGCCGUGGAGGACAACCCCGCCUGGGAUUCCCAGCGUGUCAUCCUUGCCGUCUUCCUGGGGGGCUGCACCUUCUCAGAAAUUGCUGCUCUUCGGUUUCUGGGGAAGGAGAGAGCCAAUGAGCGCGUCCGGGAGGCGAGUUUGAAUCCGCGGAGCGAGCGGUGGAUGCAGAGCGGAGUGGUCACCAUGAGGAAGAGUGAGGUGCUGGCGGCCGAGGCCGUGUCGUGCCUGAACCGAGCCAUGGCGGCGCUGCGGGACAUAUGGGAGGAGAUCGGCAUCCCCGAGGAGCAGCGCCUGGAGCGUACCGAGGUCGUCAAGAAGCACAUCAAGAGUCUCCUGGACAUGAUGGUUGCAGAGGAGGAGAGCCUGAAGGAGCGCCUCUUGAAGAGCAUUGCUCUAUGUCGGAAGGAGCUUGACACCCUCUGCAGGGAGCUCCAGCUGGACCCCUUUGAGGCAGAGGAAGAAAGUACUAUUCUGCAGAUGGAGAAGAAUUUGCGCACCCGUGUGGAAGUGAUGUUAAAGCAGAAAAGGGACAGGAAGCAGGAGCUCAAAACCCUGCAAGAACAAGAUCGAGACUUGUGUGACAUCCUCUGCACAACCCCGUUCUGCAUUGACAGUACUGCUGUGCCCAGCCUGGAGGACCUGGAUCGUUACAGGCGCCACUUGGCCUCCCUGACUGCCGAGAAGGAGCAAAGGCGAGAAGAGUUUGUCAGCAGCAAGCGGCAAAUCAUCCUCCUUAUGGAGGAGCUGGACCACACUCCAGACACAAGCUUUGAGCGGGAUGUGGUGUGCGAGGAUGAGGAAGCCUUCUGUUUGUCCAUGGACAACAUUGCUGCCCUCCAGAAUCUGCUGCAGCAGCUGGAAGCCCGGCGAUCCCUGAAUGAAGCUGUGUGCACAGAGCUGCGCUCCAGAAUUGUUGCGCUCUGGGAAAGGCUGCAGGUUCCUGUGGAGGAGAGAGAGUCUUCUGCAGUGCACAUGACUGGGUCCAGAGCCAAAACCAGAAAAGCUCUGCAGUUGGAAGUGGACCGUCUGGAGGAGCUGAAGCUGCAGAACAUGAAAUCUGUGAUUCAGGCAAUCCGGGCAGAGCUGGCUGACUAUUGGGACAAAUGCUUCUACAGUCAGGAGCAGAGGGAAGGCUUCAGCCCCUAUUACGAUGAGGACUAUACAGAGACCCUGCUUGAGCUCCACGAUGCUGAGGUGGGGAAGAUGAAGAGAUACUAUGAAACACACAAAGAUCUGUUUGAGGCCGUCCAGAAGUGGGAGGAGAACUGGAAGCUGUUCCUGGAGCUGGAGAGGAAAGCAACUGACCCCAGUCGCUUUGCCAACCGUGGGGGGAAUCUGCUGAAAGAAGAGAAGCAGCGCGCAAAGCUGCAGAAGACACUUUCAAAGCUGCAGGAGGAGCUGGAGAGCAGGGUCCAGGCCUGGAAGCAGGAGCAUGAGGGGACCUUCCUGGUGAAGGGGCAGCAGUUCAUGGAGUACGUGAUGGAGCAGUGGCAGCUAUACCGCCUGGAGAAAGAGAAGGAGAAGCAGGAGCGGCACCUGAAGAAAAGCCGCCAGAUUGAGGCAGAGAUGAUGUAUGGAAGCACCCCACGGACACCCAUCAAGCGCCGGGUGCUCGGCCCCCACACGCCUGGCAAAGUAAGGAAGCUCAAUGGCACUUCCAUCUCCAGUGCCACACCCAACAGCACCGUUCGUUCAGCUUUUGGGGGAACCAUCUACCACUCACCAACGUCUCGGUUGCCACCUUCUGGAGGGAAGUUUGGCCAGGCUCGGACCCCCAUCCGUGCAGUUGCAAAGCCCCCCCGUCCUGGAUACAGGGAACGGAACAAGGAGAACGUGUCCCAGCUGAAUGGAACCACCCUGAGCGGUGGGUGCACCCCCACAGCCCCUGCCCAGCGUAACCACAGCGUUAAUUCUGUUGCCAGCACCUAUUCUGAGUUUGCGCGCGAACUUUCAAAGGCUUCCAGGUCUGACAGUACUUCCCGCAUCCUGAACUCCACCACCACCAAUGCCUUCUGCUGAGCUGCUGCCUGCUGGGCUCCAGCUGGUCGUAGUCGUAGUGAGUCGCUGCUCGGGCAGAGUGUUACACAGCUCUCCCUGUGCCCAAAGCGUCCCAUGCUCUAGGUUUAACUUUUACCUGGGUCCCAGGCGUUACUCCGGCCAGCCUGGCUCUCUGUGGGGC